UUUAAGUAUAACUUAAAUUUCAAUGAAUGCUUAACAGUAGUUUAAAAUGUAAGCGUGGGGUAAAGAAGCAAAUAAAAUUAUCGAAUCUCCAACAAAUGGCCAGAUUUCUUAACUAGUCAAGAGAAAAAUAUCAUGAAAUUCAUGGCAGGACUGGUGCGGGAAGCAUCAAGUAAAUCUAAUCCUGCUUCCUUUAACAAUACGAUUAAAGUUUGUAAGCAGGAGCAUUCAAGGCAAGCUCUGCAGAUUUUUCAUACGCUGGAAGACGUGAUAGAUUCUUCUACUUACAUUUCUCUAUUGCAAGCCUGCUCAAAACACAAGGCAUUGCCAGAGGGCAAAUUAAUACAUGCACAUAUCAAUGUCAGUACCAAUCUUAGGGUUUUAAUGACAGAUCCAAUUAUACAUAACAGUCUAAUCACAAUGUAUGUCAAGUGUGAUGAAUUGGAAUCCGCUCGCAGGGUUUUUGACGAAAUGCAGAGGCGAAACUCCUGCUCGUGGUCUGUGAUGAUUGCGGCUUACGCCAAGCAUGGUUUUUUGGUUCAAGAGGCGCUACUUCUCUUUCGACAAAUGCAGGAAAACUAUGUCAAAUGCAACGAGUUCACGUAUUCCAGUGUUCUUCCCGCAUGCGCCAAAUUGGGAUCUCUGAAAUUGGGAAUGGAGGUUCAUAAACAGGUAAUAGAAAGAGGAUUUCAGUCUGAUCUCGUGGUGGCUAACGCCCUAGUAGAUAUGUAUGCAAAAUGUGGAAGCGUCGAGGACGCACGCCAGGUGUUUGACAAAAUGCCAGAACCGAAUGUUGUAUCGUGGACGGCUAUGAUUGCAGGGUAUUCAAAGCUGGGGAAUCUGAAGGAGGCUCUGAUCCUUUUUCAGAAAAUGCCUUACAAGGAUCAAUUUGCCAGGACAGCCAUGAUUGCAGCAUAUGCAGAGAACGGGAUGGUUGAUGCUGCGUGGAAAUUGUUUGACGAAAUGUCUGAGCGAAACGUAGUCUCGUGGAAUGCUAUGAUUGCGGGAUUUGUGCAAAACAGUCGAAGUGAAGAAGCUAUAAAGCUUUUUAAACAGAUGCAAUUGCUAGGUGUAAGGUCGGACUCCAAAACCUUUGCUAGCAUUCUGCCAUUAUGUGCUGAGUUGGGAGCUCUGGACCAGGGUAUGGAGAUUCAUGAUAAGAUAGUUAGAGGUGGUUAUCAAUUUGAGGUCAUUUUGGUGAAUAUGCUCAUUGACAUGUAUGCAAAAUGCGGCCGGAUAGAGAAGGCUCGUGAACUGCUUGACAACAUGCGACAACCAGAUGUGAUUUCUUGGACAUCACUGAUUACAGGAUAUGCUCAGAAUGGAAGGGGAGAUGAGGCUCUUAAACUUUUUCAGAAAAUGCAAUCAGUAGGCAUCAAGCCGGAUUCAAAUACCUUUUCCAGUGUUCUCUCAGUGUGUGCCAACGUGGCAGCUUUGCAGCAGGGUAUGGGGAUUCAUCGUGAAUUAAUCAGAAAUGGGUUUCAAUGUUAUCUCCCCGUGAUGAAUGCCCUGAUAGACAUGUAUGCAAAAUGUGGAAUUAUGUAUAAGGCAUCUAAGGUAUUUGACAAUAUGCAAAAACGGAAUGUUGUCUCAUGGACAACGAUGAUCGCAGGAUAUGCCUUGCAUGGCUGUGGCAGUGAGGCUCUGAAGCUCUUUGAAGAAAUGAAAGGCUCUGGGAUUAACCCAGAUCAUGUGACUUUAGUUUGUGUUUUGUCUGCCUGUAACCAUGCAGGUCUGGUCGAAGAGGGCUACAAAUACUUCAAUUGCAUGAGUUAUCAAUAUAACAUAACACCCACAAUGGAGCACUAUAGCUGCAUGGUUGACCUUCUUGGCCGAGCUGGGCAUCUGGACAAAGCACAAGAUGUUAUCAACAAAAUGCCAUUAAGGCCCAAUAUAUCUAUAUUGUGCUGUUUGCUUGCUGCCUGUAAAAUACACAACAAUGUAGAGCUGGGAGAACAUGUGGCAGAACACAUCUUGGAGUUGGAUCCUAUAAACCCUGCACCUUAUGUUAUUCUGUCAAACAUCUAUGCUACAGUUGGAAGGUGGGUUGACCUUGAAAAGAUCCGAAAAAUGAUGAAUGAUAGAGGCAUAAAAAAGACGCCUGGAUUGAGCUGGAUUGAAGUUAAUAAACAGGUCCAUUCUUUUGUUGUAGGAGAUGAAUCCCAGCCACAAAUGGAAAUAUAUGGAAAGUUGGAUACAUUGGCUUCAGAUGAGAAUGUUGAUGGGUACAUUCUUGAUGGGUUUAUUGCUAAAUCAUAUUGAUUAGGGAAAUAAAUAUACCACCGUGUGAACAGUUUCCAAUUACACAUGCACUAUUACUGUGUCAUUUAAAACAGCUUGUCAAGUUAUUGAAAUCUAUCGAGUAUGACUGACAGCCAUAUUGCAAUCAUUAUUAAUCUCUACGAUUUCUGUGGAAGAAUCAUUUGUGGGAAAGGAAGUGCAGAGACGUAUUGGAUGAGGUUAAUUGUUUCUUUUGUGGCCUGUAUGGUGUAAUAGACGUUGGAAUUCAAAUCUCUCCUUGCGGCCACAUGAACUUUAAUGAUAGAGCAGCUGCUUAUGGAUGUGAAUGAGUAAACUUGCAGCUACAAUUUUAUGACUUAAUUUUUCUGUUUGAGAUUGCUGCUCAUGUUGCAUGGAGCUCAAAUAUCCCAAAGCCUCCAGGAGAAGCUCUGGCUGCCUGUCAAAUUCCGUAAUAUCUUUCUAUUUGCAUUGGCAGCUGCUUCUUUAUAGGCUACAUGUUCAUUCUACUUCUAAUUGCAGGUGCUCAAUUGAGAGUGACUACCGGCUCCUAUGAUUUGCUGACUAGCGAGGUGUCAUCAAGCUAUGUGGAAAGCAAGCAUGGGUUAAUCAUGAAGCAGGCAACCCCUGAGCACUUUCUAGCCAGUUAACAGUGAAAAUUAGAACUUUGUCCUAGAAAGUGGAAGCAGAAUUUUUGGAGGUUAUUUCUUGAUCUCAUUAAGAAAGAAAGGCAAUGAGCUCUUCGGUUUGCUUAAAAUCAUAGUUGCUGAUUUUGACUGGGCAUUUCUCAGGUUUCUGAAUUUUAAAGGAGCUUUGAACAAAUGAAAUUUGCAUUCCAGUGCUCACAAAAGGGGAUUUCUCGUUAACUUAUCAUGUGAUCACAGCAGGGAAAGGAUGCUGGUGGUUAAAUGAUAUGUCACAGUAGAAGCUUUGCACAGCAUAGUUGAGAGAAAUUAUGUUGGAAAGGGAGGUUUGAGGAGGUAUCUUUAUAAAUCUUCUAGAAAGAAGAUAAGAGGAAUCAGGGUUCAAUAAUUUCAUGUCACUUGCAUCUACACUGAAGUAUGUCAAGAUUUUUAGAAAUGUAUUUGUGGAUGAUGUUGAUUGUUGGAAAUUGGAUCCACGUACUCUAUCAGUUAGAAAGUCUGUGUUGGCAGCCCGUGUUAGUGGCAGAAACAUGGAAUGACAAGAGCCCAAAAUCUCUUGAUUCAAUUUGAUUGCCAAGUGAGCUCCCAGAAUUCCCAUAGGGUUGCUGUGAGCACCUCCUGGAAAAGUGGUUCAGGGACCUUACAAUAUAAAAUGUAAAUGCGUAUGAAUGGAAAAGUGGUUCUGGGAACAUCUGAAUAUAUGUCCAAGCAUUUCAGUAGCACUUUCAUAUCUUUCGUUGCCUGCUAUUGUUUUGAAGGUCUGAUUACCAGCUGGUUUGAAAAACAGAGAAUAUAAGCUCCCGAACUGACUCCAAACUUGUAUGCAUCUAGCUGAAAUGGAUUAACCAGAUUUCAUGAGAACUGUUGAUCAGGGUUGGCUGAAUAGAGUUUAGGGAAUACUAUUGGAAGACUACUGGAAUGGGUGCUUUUAUAUGGUGAAUGCAGGCAGGAUAUCAACUUCCAUUUUUUAUCAGAACAAUUAUUUUAAAGUGAUUGUACCCAUAUAUGAUAAUUCUAUGAAUAAUCAGUUGUAUAUACUACGAUGACCCAUCCAUGCCAUGUGAUAUAGAAGCCACAAAUUGAACUUGUUAUAGCAUGUCUAAUAUAACAGUGCGCAGCUGCAGAGAAUUUUGGCUUCUUGUAUAAAAAUGAGGAUAAGAGUUGCUGUUAAAAUGUUGCCAA